GAAUGGGCCGGCGCUCCUCGGACACGGAGGAGGAGGGCAGGAGCCGGAGGAAGAAGAAGCACCGGCGGCGCUCCUCCUCCAGCAGCUCCUCGGACAGCCGCGCCUACAGCCGCAAAAAGUCGGGCCGGAAAUCCAGGUCCAGGUCGCGCUCCCGGGAUCUCCCGUCCUGGUCCCAUUCCUAUGAGAAAAGGCGCAGGCACAGAUCCAGCAGCAGCUCUUCCUACGGCUCCAGGAGGAAGCGCAGCCGCUCCCGGGGCAGAGGCAAAUCCUACAGAUCCCAAAGGUCCAGGUCCAAGAGCAGGACCAGGAGGUCACGGCAGCGCUCCUACAGCCGCAGCAGCGAGAGGUCCGGCCACAGGAGAACCCCCAGCGGGUCCCGGGAGCGCCGCAAGGGCAGGGACAAGGACAAGGACAAAGCCAAGGACAAGGGCAAAGGGAAGGAGAAGGAGAUCCACAGUACCAAGGCUGGGGACUCUGCAAACAUCAAAGCUGGAUUAGAACAUCUGACUCCUGCUGAACAGGCCAAAGCCAGGCUGCAGAUGGUUCUGGAGGCAGCUGCCAAAGCAGACGAAGCGUUGAAGGCCAAGGAGAGAAGUGAAGAAGAAGCCAAGAGAAGAAAGGAAGAAGACCAAGCCACCCUCCUGGACCAAGUGAAGCGAGUGAAGGAGAUCGAAGCCAUCGAGAGCGACGCCUUCGUCCCACAGACCUUCAGGUCCAGCAAAGAAGUCAAAAAGUCAGCAGAACCUCCUGAGCUCCAGCAGGAGCCUGUGAAUGUGGGAGCAGGAGCCACUGAGGCAGCUGCUGCUGAGAAGGAGCCUCCAGCUGCCAGCAUCCCCACUGCCAUCAAGUACCAGGACGACAAUUCCUUAGCACACCCAAAUCUGUUCAUGGAGAAGGCAGAGGCUGAGGAGAAGUGGUUCCAGAGGCUGGUGGCUCUGCGCCAGGAGAGGCUGAUGGGGAGCCCCGUGGCCUGACAGCCCCCAGGAGCAUCCCAGGCCCUUCCCUCACUCUGGGAGCUCCACACUCAGCUCCUCUUCUUGUCUCCUAGAGGAGAUCUCAGUGAGCUGGGCAGGCAGGGAGGGUUUCACCUGGAAAACCAGGAAUCUUCUGUCCUGCUCCACCUGGAGAGUCAAGAAUGCCCUGCCCUGCUCCACUUGGAUACCUGGGAAUGUUCUGUCCUGGUUCCCCUGCAUAACCAGGAAUGUCCUGCCCUGCUCCACCUGGAUAACUGGGAAUCUUCUGUCCUGGUUCCCCUGAAUAACCAGGAAUGUCCUGCCCUGCUCCACCUGGAUAACUGGGAAUCUUCUGUCCUGGUUCCCCUGCAUAACCAGGAAUGUCCUGCCCUGGUUCUCUCCAAACUCACUGCUGGAGAUGGGCAGGGCAGCACAGCUGGGAGAAUUUCCUUUUUUUGGAGGGAAUUCCUCAGGUGAAGAACACCUGGCAGCCCAUGAAAUACCAUUUUAUCCCUCCCAGUGAAAUACCAUUUUAUCCCUCCCAAUGAAAUACCAUUUUAUCCCUCCCAAUGAAAUACCAUUUAAUCCCUCCCAACCCAGAAAGUUUCAUGGAGCCAGGCAGGAACUGGGAGCUGAGGGCUGGGCCAGUGAGGGAUGUGUGGAGCCAUCCCUGUCCUGCAGCUGGAGAGGAUCCAGGCUCCAUCCCUGUCAUCCCCUCCUCCUGGGGGAAUCCUGUCCCUGAUGUGUUCAUCCCUCUGCCCCCAGUUCCUCACUCUGGGGGAAAUGCUCCACGUUUCCUUGAGCAUCUGCCACUACUGCAGCUCCAGAUGGGGAAUUUUAUCAACUGAUCAUUUCUGUAAUUCCCAAAUGAUGGAAUUAUCACACACCUGCUUCUGGGCAGGGGCUGUUCCCAGCCCAUGGAGCUCCCUUGGGCCAGCUGGGACUUUCCAAUAAUCAAAGUUUAGUCUGAACAUCUGAAUUUAGCCUGGACAAACUUCCACAAAAAUCUGCCCAUCAUCCAUCUAAGUGCAGGGAGUCAACCCAAUCAAAUCAAUAAAACACAAAAGCGUUUCUUCAGCAAAGCUGGGAGGAAAUGGCCACAUCAGGAGAGGAGAAAACUGAGCCCCAGCUCUGGAUGUGCUCCUGGAACUGCCCUGCACCAGCAUUCCCUUGGGAAGCUGCUUUUGGCAUUUUUCCUCUGGUUCUCAGAUCUGUGGUGAUAAAAAAUGGAGGCUGACUCUGCAGAUGGACUUUGGUUGUUUUAUUUUUUAUUUUAGAUCCUGGAUGUAAAAUGAAAACGUAUUGAAUUUGCAUUCUGACAUUUUUACUUCCUUUAUGAAGUGUUAGUUUGACUUUUAUCCUGCAUCAAAAUACUCCAAGACCUUGUCUGCAGGAAAAAGUGGGAAAAAAUUUGUUUCCCUUGUUUCAUUUCAGCAUUUUUAAAUGGUAAUAUUUGUCAUUGCUGCGUUUUCUCAUCACCUUUUAUGUUUCUUUCAUAGAAAAUAAAAACUGUUUGAUGUCCAUGGAAGG